UAAUCGUGACGAGAAAUGAUCGGCUGUAACAAAAAUUUUCAACUAGAAAUCUCCAGUCCAAUUUGAGAUUCGCAGCAGGACGUGUGUGUGAGUCGGGUGGUGAAUAUUUAUUUUGUUUUUUCCAUUUGUGUUUCUUGCAAAAGGUUUUCGAAAAGUGCAACGAUAUUAAAAAUAUCAAAAGAAAUAUUUGUAAAAUACGCUAAAGUGAAGUAGGUGGAAAUUCUACGGCAAAACCAGCGCAUUCUUGCGCCAACGUGCGCUGCUGUGCUGUGUGAAGAAAGCGCCCGUCUGUGUCCACAUAAUCGUCAUCAUCAAUAUUGCCAUAACGUGCCCGUACGAAAGAGAAAAUUUAUAAGACUGAAGAAAAGCCAUAGGCAGCAAAAUUAGCAAUUUUUUUUAGUUUAUAUAUUUGUAAUACGACGUGAAAGGUGAAACUUGCAUACUUCGCUUGGAAUUGAAGUGCAGAAAAUUAUAUAUGUACGUACAAAAAAUAAAGAAUUUUCAAUUUAAUACUGGGGGAUAAUCCAUCUGGUGAUGACUACUUUGGAGCAGAAAAGCAAUAAGGAAAAAAGAAAAGAUAAUUGAAACGCAAAAAAAGUAGACCGAAGAAGACAAGACUGCCAAGAUAGCGAAAACGACUGAGAAGAAGCAGCAGGAGGGCGUAAUAAGUAUUUACAUAUGUAUGUAUUGCAUUGUGAAUAAAAGCCGUAUCAGGCGCUUUAAAUAACGAGUGAAUUAUUUUUUCAAUUAUUAAAAGUGAAAAAAUUAUUUCUAAAAAAGUUUUCGCAUUUCUACAAAUGCGAAAGGACUUUGUGACUAUUUUAUAAAAAAAAAAACAUUAUAUAUAUAACGACAAAAAAAAUAUAUUAAACGAAACGAAACAAUUAAAAACUAAUAUAACACAACGCCUAAGAAAAAACCGCUUACUAAAGAAAGCUUUGAACACUUAAGCAACCACUGCUAUAAAAAAAUAAAACACAAUGAGUACUGUUUCCUCAGCGGCGUCUGCGCGGUCAGCCGCCUCAACUACGGGCACAAAUACCACCAAGAGACUACAGAUCACACACGUCGAUGCGUUUGGUCCGUACUUGCGCAUAUACGGCCAAAUGAAUCCGGACGCAAUGGCUGUAUUGCGCAAUAGAAUCCAGGAAAUGUUACGCACAUGCCUAGCCAUCGAUCCGACUUGGCCGGUGCAGCGACAACAAGUACCGCUACGCAUUGGCACUAUGUGCCUUUAUAAGAGCACUAAAGGUAUAGCACCGGCCGAUUUUGAAUUUUUGCGCGUACGCAUACUGGACGUUAUAACUAAUAGCGAGCAACAGAAUGCGACGCAGGGACAAAAACCACUGGUCAAAGUGGAAGUGGAAUUCGUCGACUACGGCGGAAAGGCGCUGGUGGCCAGUUAUGAGCUCCUCUUCCCCAAACAGCCGGAAGCUUUGUCCUCCAUGCCCACAAUAUGCGCGCCAUACAUCCUAUUGGGCAUUUGCAAAGAUUUCAAACCAGAAGAGCUGGAGGAGAUUGCACGCAUAAUAUUGCGUCAAACAUUGGACAUAUCCAUUGAACAUGAAUUUAAGCAAUAUAAAUUUAUUACAAUGAAAUGGAAGGAAUUCAAUUUUGCUGAGUUUUUAAUACACCAAAAGAAAAUCGGUGCACCUAUCGCAAACGAAUUGCUACGUGAUAAUUUUGCUAAAUUUAUUAAGCAACAAAAUCAAAAGCAGCAACAACCGCAAACACAAGCACUAACAGCUCAACAGCCACAAAAUCAUCAUUUAGCAACGUCACAGAAGCAACAACAACAACAACAUAAGCAAACCCUACCGAUGUACCCUGCUGUCGGCGGCAAUGCCAACAACAACAACUAUUAUGCCAUUAAUCAUAACAACAAUGUAGCGCCCGUUAGCGGUGUAUACCCAGCUGUUGGACGUUCACUAGCUGCGCGUUUGCAACAAUAUCAGUUAGAACAGCAACAACAACAAGCGCAAGCACAUUUAGCCCUCCAACCACAAAUGUUGAUGAACUUGCAGCGUCCCAUACAGCCACGCAUGCCACACACCAUCGGUAAUUUACGUUCGCUUUAUGUGCCUUAUGCUGCACCAGCCUAUCAGCAGCAAACUGCUUACAACGGCUUUCAAUCGAAGGUUAUGGUGCAACCAACAGUCGCCAACGCCAUGUCUGGUCUUCCAUAUACCAAUGCUUACAAUACGCGCUAUCAGCGUCCACAGCAAGCGCAGCAUAAACAAGACUUUGCUAGCAACGCCAAUAUCAGCAAACAAGUGGUGAGCACUUCACCGCGUCGCGUUACCACUGCCACUUUCAAGACCAACAAUUUAACUGUUGGUAAAAUAUAUGAUGUUUACGUUAGCUUCGUGGAGAAUGGACCCUGUUUGUUUUCGGUGCAGUUGGCGCUGGCACAGGACGAGUUAACCGAAAUGAUGAAUCGCAUUGAGCGUGUGCAACUGAAGCCAUACGCUGACAAACCCGUCUUGGGCUCAGCUUGCAUUGCGCGCUACUCCGAAGACGGACAAUUCUAUCGCGCGCUAAUCACCGGCGUACAAACGACCGCAUGCAAAGUGGUUUAUAUUGAUUAUGGCAAUGCAGAGUUGGUCAAAUACAGUGAUUUAUAUGAAAUACCUGAUGAGUUUCUUGAGGCAAAAGCGUUCGCCAUACGUUUCACACUCUCAGGCCAUAAAGAUCUGGAGCCUAUCGAUGAGAGCUUGAAGAAGGCCUUCAAAGAUCUAAUGAUGUAUAAGAAUUGUCAGCUGAAAGUGAUGCCAUUAGAGGGACCACCAUUGGUGCAAUAUUGCGAGCUAUAUUUACAGCAGAAAAGCAACGUGCUCGAUGUGCUGAAAGAUAUACAAAAGUGCCGUCUAGUAUAUCCGAAAUCUGAGAAUUUAAACAAUAACGAUAUUGUAGAGAUCCGUUAUAUCGACUCACCCAAACAUUUUUACGUGCAAAAAGUGGAUAACAUCUCGAAAUUCGAGAAGCUCAUGGACGAUAUGUUCUUGUAUUACAAUAAAAAUCAGGUUGUGCCCAAUCACUUAGCGCUCGGCGCGCCAUGUAUUGUGAAAUACGAUAACGAAUGGUAUCGUGCUGAAGUGAUGCGUGCCGACUCGACCGCCAUUAUUGUGCGUCACGUCGACUUCGGUUACGAACAGAAAGUCACCAAGAAUUUAUUGAGUAACAUCGCCGAGAAGCAUUUAAAACUGCCACGUCAAGCCAUUCAAUGCUGCCUGAAGGGUUUCGAAAAUAACGAACUUAGCAAGGAUUUGGCCACCAAUCAAUUUGAAAUGCUCGCCGAAGAGUCGAAUCGACAACGGCGCUCGUUCACCGUCAAAGUCUUCCGUAUACAACCGGACGGUGUGCACUUGGUUAACCUUUGCACCAAAGACUUGAAUGUCAUGAAAAAGCUAUACAAAUUAUCCAUGCCCUUCGAACAGUACUUAACAUUGGAGAAGGAGGAAUUCAAUAUACACUCCCACAACGGUCAUCAGCAUAGACAGAGCGCUGGUCACGAGAAUGGCAAUAAGACACCAUCGAUUGCUUCCUCUAACGAUGUGGCAUCGCUGCAUUCGAGCAAGAAAGCCGCACAGAUACUCAACUCCACCACAUUGCAAAGCGAAGAGCAGCUACAGCACACACCGCAACGACAACAACAACAAUUGCAGCAGCAGCAAGCGCGUAAAACGAAUUCACGCAAUACCGGCAGCAAGUCUGGCAGCGCCGCAGGCAGUGCGCCGGCCAGCAGUGUGCAGGGUACGCUCUCAGUGGAGUGGGACAAGCAGAGCUCGGCCAGCUCGAUGGAUAAUCGCGACUCGCGCUCCAGCUCCAGCGAGCUGAAACACGGCAAACGACAGCAGCAGCAACAACAACAACGGCAGGGCCGCAAUGCGCCGCAUACGCCAACAAUGCAAGCAAACUUGAACGUCAGCAAUAGCAGCAGCGGUGGCGCUGAUAGACGCAGUGUCGGCAGUGGCGCCAGCAAUGUUAGCAGCCAGAAUCAGAAGCAGCGCAACAGUGGCAACCAAAUACCGCCACGCUUCCAAAACGAAAAUCGGCGUCAGAAGAAGGAGCCUGUAACGCCACCACGUCAGCAGCGCCCACAGAAUGCGCCGCAAGGAUAUUCACAGCAGCGCAACAAGUCCGCCACCAAUAAUGCCAACACACCACGCGCCAAUGACACACACUCCGAGUUGAGCAGCAAUGCCGGUAGUGAGCUAAGCGAACAAGUACAAGCGACGUCCACACAGUUGCCUGAUGAGUAUGUGCCGUUGAAUGAAGCAUUCCCCGUACAACAUUUGGAUACGCCAACGCGCGAGGAUGUCAUCAUUUGUUGGUGGAUUUCACCACAUCAAUUCUACACUCACCUCAAAUCACGUCUGCCGGAAUUCGAGCGUUUCAUGCGCGAAAUACAGUUAUUCUAUAAGAAGAAAUCACUGCAGCAGCUGCAACUUAAAGUCGGCUCCUACGUUAUAGCACGCUAUCGCAAAGAGAAUCUGCUCUAUCGCGCACGCAUACUCGCCUGCAAUCAGAUGUUGCGCAAAUACAAAGUGCAAUUCGUCGAUAUUGGCAAUCAGUACACGGUCACCUCCGAGGAUAUCUGGCAAGUGGAGAAACGUUUCGCCACGCUGCCCGUUAUGGCGCACCUGUGCAGCUUCAGUGGCAUUGUGUCCAACUUUGAUCAUCUCUAUAUAAUCGACCGCAUGGAGAAAUACUUGCCGGCGGGCGCAACACUAAACUGCGAGUAUAUUGAACGUGAGCAGGAGAUGUACUAUGUCAAUGUCAAACUGAAUGGCGUGUCACUGAAAGAGACACUCAAAUCGGAGGGCAUAAUUACCGAGGUGGCACCAGAGCUGCGCCUGAGCCUGCUGGCAGGCCAACAGAUACGUGUAAAGAUUACAUACGUAAAGGAUAUGCUGAACUUCAAAUUACAGGUGGAGGGCUUGCCUGAGCAUGUACAACUGUUGAGUUCCUACGACGAUUUGCGCUAUGUUAAAUCCAAUCCAGACGUAGCGUUGAAAUUCAAGCAAUUUUACGAGGGCAAAACAUGUGUGGUCAACAUAAGGGAUGUCAAUGACAACAAAGUCAUUCUGCUACGUCCACUUGUGCCGCUGUUAAAGGAAGAUGUGACGACAUUUAUUUGCCAACAGCCGGUUGUGUUGGAGCGUUUCGAGGCGCGUGUUGUGCAUGUGGCGAACGCAUAUCGUGUGUUUGUGCAUACGAUCGCUAUGGAGGCAAAAAUUAUAGAGCUGCUGAAUGAGAUGUUUGAAUACUAUGAGCAUAACGGUACACCCUUGGGCACAUUUGAGCCGGACCAAAUUUGCGCCGCGCACGGCCUUGACGGCAAUUGGUAUCGCGCGCGCAUCACACCGCAACUGACUAAAGAUGUCAUCGAGGUACACUAUAUAGAUUAUGGAAACACGGAAAAAUUGAGCGAAACAAAUUUAAAAACUCUGGAGGAAAGAUUCUACCUCAAUCGCAACUCUUUCGCAAUUGAGUUGAAUUUACCGGUGCGCACAUUGGCAGCAGAUGCGCAACAUCGAAAUUCGAAAUCGAAGAAAACAGCAAAUGUGUCGGCCGACCUGGAUGCGGCUGCAGUGGAGAAACUAAAGCAGCUGGCAUUGGUGGCCGAACCUGUGGUGCAUGUGCGUGCGCUGGAGGUGCAACACAACCACUUGAUUGCCGAACUUACUUUGGCUGGCGGUGAAAAUAUUGUCGAUGCGCUGCUGCAAUCGCAGCUAAUAAAGUCACGUGAUGUGGACUUCAUGCGUAAGCAACUGGAGAAGGACAAAACAAACAUGUUUGAAUACAUUGAAAUGGUGGACCUGACACUCGAAGAGGAAGAUGACACGGAAAAGAAAACCACAGGUAAGAGCAAAAACUCCAGCUCACCGAAGAAGAAGAAGCAAUCGGAGAAAACUGUGAAAAAGGAGACUACAGUGAGCAACAGUGUGCCUGAAGUCGUUAAAAGUGCAGAGAAAGAGAAACAAGUUGACAUGACAGCGCCAGUUAUAAUGGCUGAGACGCCACCGCAAACACCACCCCAACCGCAAGAAAGUAAAGUCGAAGCCGCAGCCGCCCAACCAGCACCAACACCACCACCACCGUCAACCACCGCGUCUGAGCCGCAAUCGGUGGCAGAGUCCGAAACUGAAUCGAUCGAUCCCUGCGCUGAUAUGGAACAUGCCAUACUUGGCCACUGCGACAAUCCCGGCCAGUUCUAUGUGCAUCCCUACGAUAAAAUGGAUGAAUUACGUCAGCUGCAAGAGGAUUUGCAAAUUGUCGCCAGCUCUUUGCCCACACUAAUGGUGGUGGCGAAUGGUGUGCACUGCAUCUCAUACUACACGGUGAACAAGCUAUGGUAUCGCGCUAAGAUCCUCGAUGCCGAGCUUAUGGUGCUGCAGUUCAUUGAUUAUGGCAACACGGAUUGCGUGUCGGACACGACGCACGUGCGUGAGAUGAGCAGCUGCAACGACAUCGAACCGUUCUGUAUGCCCUGCUCACUGCCGAUCAAGCCGAACGGCACAGCCGAUUGGGUCGACGCAGCCAAUGCCAUCUUCAGCGAUUCGCACAGCAAAGCGGUGAAUUUCGAGUACAUCACACGUGGUGAUAAGUACAAACGCAGCUUUAUCAAUCUUUACAUCGAUGGCGUUAACAUUGCCGACAAACUGGUGGAGGAUGGUUUUGCCAAGCAUCUAGUAUUGGUCGAUUCCGGCGAGAAUUGCUAUAUAUCACAUGUGAACAGCAUAACCGACUUCUAUAUACAAUAUGAAAAAGACUCAAAAGCUUUGGAAUUGAUUGAGAUCUAUUUGGCCGAAAACGAGAAACUGAAGAAAUUAGAAAAAUUCGAACAUGCUAAAAUUGUGGCUGCGCUCUUCCCCGAUGACGAAAUGUGGUACCGCGCUAAACUACUAAAACACAUACCGAACCGUGGCUACGAAGUGCUUUUCAUCGAUUAUGGCAACACAUCCAUCAGUCCCGAAUGUCGUGAGAUUUCUGAGGAGAUUGCUAAGUUGCCACCUUUAUCGAAGAAGUGCGCACUACAUGUGCCCGAGCAUUGUGUGGCCUGGUCCGAUGCAGCCGAGGAGAAAUUCGGUGAAAUAGCGGCGCAGGGUGAAACCAUCUUCACAGUCGAACUAUGUGAGCCAGCUGGCGAUCAUGCGCUGGUGCAUCUGCUUAUCGACGGACACAACAUCAACGACGACCUCGAACCGCUGUGCGAACACAAGCCCAUCGAAACCGAUCUAAAUAUGAGCUUCAGCACGACCAUACAAUCGUCGGUCUUCGAGAGUGGCAAAGUGUACGAUGCCAUUAUUUCGCAUGCCAAUUCGCCGUUCGACUUCUAUGUGCAGUUCAGUAAAGACACCAUACGUCUGGAUGAUAUGACCAGCAGCUUGAACGCGCUCGGCAUGGAUGCGCUGUCCGAUGCGAAAAUUGGUCAGCUCUGCGCUGCAGUCUAUUGCGAAGAUAAUGCGCUCUAUCGCGCGCGCAUACUAGAAACCAUCGCCGGUUCGGAUGCCAAACGGCAGUAUCGUGUAAUCUUCAUUGAUUUCGGCAACGAAGCCAUCACCGAUGAUGUACGCGUAUUGCCGCACGAUUUACAGGCGUUACCGGAAUUCUCACGGCACUGUCAACUGGUGGGUGCUGCCGAAGAGAUUGGCGAGCAUAAAGCGCAAGCGGCUAAUGAAGCAUUCGGCCAGCUGAUUGAGGAGUGUGAAGGUAUGGUGAAAAUUGAGUUUAUCGAAAGCAAGGAGGGCGCAACACCUGUGCCGGUCCGGCUGUAUGCUACCAGUGGCGGUGAGGAUCUCGGCGAAAGGUUGCACUCGCUGAUCGCCGCGAUUAGCGCAAACGCGUCCGCCGUGCUAGCAACACCACCAAUCGCGGACAAUACCUGCGUUAUAUCGCACGCGAUUUCACCAACACAUUUCUACAUACAACCGAAAGGUAAUUCACUGCAAUUGGAGCUGGUAUCGAAGGCGCUCACCAAAUCCGAUGCCGAGCAGCUGCCCGUGCUGCAGCGCGUUGAAGUGGACAGCGUUUGCAGCGCUUACUCGUUUGAGGAUGACUGCUACUAUCGCGGUCGUGUGCAAAAAGUGCUGCCCGGCGAUGAAGGCUAUGAGGUAUUCCUGCUCGACUAUGGCAAUGUUGUAAAUGCCACUGUUAUAAAGGAAUUGCCCGCUGAUUUGCGUGCCAUACCGACGCUGGCCUGGAAGUGCAAACUGAAUGUGGUGCCUGAGGCGCCUGAAACGCUGCUAAACGAAUGCUUUGCCGCACUGCUGGAAGCGCACUUUGGUGAGAUUUACACCAUCGAGUCGGACGAAGUUGCGUUGGACGCAAAUGAGCGUGUACACAUUGUUAAAUUACAGGCGAACUACAAGGAUUUGGCUGAGGAGUUAGCCGACGCUGUGUCCAAGGGUGAUGCCGAGAAGGCGGCCGCUGCCUUAUCACCCGUGCCGACGCUGCACAAUUGCACCAUCAUACAUAUCAAUUCGCCGGCUUCAUUCUACAUACAAUUGGCCGAAGAUGUGCCCGCCGUGGAGAAAAUCACCGAUGUGCUCUUAGACGCCGAAACCGAUUUCCAGGCAUUCACCGAUUUGCAAGUGGGCGCCAGAUGUGCCGCACAGUUCCCCGACGAUAUGGCCUUCUACCGCGCGGAAAUCGUGCAAGUGCUGGAGGAGGGCAAAUGUGAGGUGCAUUACCUGGACUUCGGGAACAAUGCCGUCACCGAUCAAUUUCGUGUACUGCCCGACAGCAUGCUCGAUGAGGUGGCCUACAGCAAACACUGUGCGUUGGACAUUAAUUUAGCGAGCAAUUUGGAUGCCAGCGCCGCAUUUGCGCAGUUCAUCGAUUCGCGUUUCUCCGAAACAUUCCAGAUUGAGUUGCUCAAAACGACCGUGGAGCCGGUCAUCUGUCGUCUAUUCUAUCAGGAAAAGAAUGUGGCCAACGAAGUGCUGCAAUUGUUGAAGGGCGCUAACGGUACUGGCGCUGCGGCAGCGCUGCUGCCGAAUGGCCUCAACGACUCAGCGACAUUAAAUGAACAAGAAAAUGCAGCGACACAAGACAGCGUUGCUGGCGUUGAGAUGACGCAGUAACACGAAUAUUUUCAGAACAGUUUCGAGCUGCGCAUGCGUGCAAGACUCAACAGCAAACCAGAGUGAGAUGAAACAUAACUGAUUUUUACGUCCUAAAGCGUUCGGUGUACUAUCGCGCGCCAGCUUUUGACUAUACUAACUGUUGUUUGGAGCCAAACGGCGGUGUGGUGCUAGCAUAGCGUUCUAAAACUGACACCUCGUGCCGAAUUUAAAGUGCGCAGAGAGCAAAUCAACAUUUGUGUGAUAUACGUACAUACAUAAAUACUAUAAUUAUUGUAAUAUUUUUUUCUAAAUUGAGUAUAGCUCAUAUUUAUGCUGCAUAGCGAACUGAGUGAGAGAAAAACGGGCAACCCGAACACGAAAAAUAUAAUAGGUGCCAAUUUUUGGGCAGAAAUUGAAAUUCUAAAUAUAAAAUGCAUAGGAAAACGCGAGUUCAUUAUUUUGAUAUUUUUGCUAAGAGGCCUUUACGUAGAAAUUUUUUAUAAAAUUAAUUAAAACGGUAAAGAAAUUUUAUUAUUAUUUUUAUUUUAUUUCGCGCGUAGAAAGUAGCGUAGAACGUGAAUUUUUCGUUGGAGCUGCGCCAAUUUUUGUUCCAAAGUAAUUAUUGAGGUAUUUUCAUGAAUUUAUGCUAAUGAAAUGCCCUUCAAAGUAAGAAGAAGCAUUUUUUUUUUUAUUUUUGUAAACGUGCGUUUGUUGCACGCAUAGCAAACAUUGUAGAGUCUACGAAAGCAGCUUGAUGUUGUGUUGAGGUGAAGCGCCUGAGUUCGUGGAAUACCGUUAAAGUGAAACUCAAGCCAAGCAAGAAAUAAGGAGAGAAAUAUUAAUGUUAAUUUUGAAA